GAUCUACAAAAAAAAAAAAAUAAUUUUUUUUUGAGUUGAAUCUUAUUUUCUGACAUUCGAUAUUUACAAUCGAAUAGGCAACUACACCAUGUUUUUCAUCAUUAUCUAAUAAUUUUUUUUGUGUAUGGCUGCUGUUACCGAUGAUAAUAGUAUAAGAAAAAAAUCCUAGAUUCAAUAAGGAAUUGUGCGUUGUCAAUGAUGAUGAUGAUGAUGAAAACCUAUGGAUUCAACAUUGUAAUCGAAUAACCAUAACCACGAGUUUGGUUGCUGUUAUCCUUUGUUGAUGAUGAUCAAUUUUGUUUCCACGGCCAAUAUAAAUCAUAAACAUUAUCGAAAAAAACAACAGCAAUAUCCAUCAUAUUCAAGAUACAUUACAAUCCAUUUUAUUUGGCCUCGAUGUGAUUUCGGCAUUUUCAUCUAAAUGAUUUUUUCUGUUGUGUUCUUUUUAAUUUUCCAUUUUACAAAAUCACAAAGACAUUGAAAUUUUAUGCCUAAAGUGGCCAUUAUUGAUGACGAUGAUCAAAUUCAGCUAGUAAUCGUUUUAUUGUGAACAAUAUUAUCACAGUAAUCAUUAAUAUGAUUAACGAUAAAGAAAAAAAAUGUCUCAAUUAAUAAAUAUUGAUGAUAUCGAUCGUGAUCACAAUGAUCAACAACCAAUCGAAACUAGUCCGCUGACCGAAGAAAAGCUUCCUAUAAAAAGAAGACUUGAGAGUUUGAAACGAAAUUCUAACAAAAUUCGGAACGGCAAUAAUGAAACGGACAAUGGAACCGCAUCGAAUUCAAAUAAUCAACAAUCAACAUCUACUUCCAAUUUUACACGAUUAAUUAGAAUAUUAAGUUUUAGGAGAAAAAGUACCAAGAAGAACAAUUAUGAUCAAACUGAAGAAAAAUUGUCUUCUAAGCUUAAUAAUCUACGAGGAAAACGUUCUCAUAGUUCAUUACCAUUCAUGAAACGUUCCUCAAAAAAUCGGCAGAAUAGCGAAUCGAAAUCAACGAAUUUGGCUGAAGAUGAUACAGCAUCCACUGAUAAUUCAAAUUUUUUCAUACGAAUAAUUCGAACUUUUCGUUUCUUAUAUAAGCGUAAACAAUCUUCAACAAAUCAGAAUUCGAAAAUCAAACGUUCAUCUUCCUUGAAUAAUCCUAGGAAAUCAAAAUCGUUUCCAGAAAACAAGAAACAUCAUCAUAUGGAUAGGAGAAAGAAAACCCUUUCCGGUUCGAUAGAUAACAUUUCUGAGCUUUCAUCACCAAGCCGUCGUUCAGAACCACCGCCUUCAACCCAUAAUGAUUAUCAUGCUCAUCGUUUAUCCAAAUCGCCAUCAAAACAAUUGCGAAAAAACAUUCCGAAUGGUAAUAUUCCUAGCAUGAGUAAAAGCCCUUCACCUUCACAAUUACAAUUCACAGAUACAUCUUCAACAAUUUUAAAUGAAUGCAGAAAAGAAUCAUCGAUAGAAACUUCGAUUGAUCAAGUUGAUAAUUCAAAUACUAAUCUUCAAAUUCAAACAAAUGAGAUUAUCAAUAAUAAUAUCAUUAGCCCAGGUGAUCUGACUUUCAAUGAAAAUGGAUUCGAUGGUGACCAACACCAUGAUGACCAUAAUAAUGAUCAAACUGGCUUAAAUCGUCAUUCAUCAAUUACAUCUGGAAUUGAAUAUAUACCAGGUGUUUGCGGUAUACAAAACCAUGGAAAUACCUGUUAUCUAAAUUCGAUCAUUCAAUGUCUCUCAAAUACUGCUCCUUUAGCAGAAUAUUUUUGUAUGAAUUAUUAUUGUGAAGAUCUCGUCCAAAAUCGUUCAGCGACUGGUGGCGAAGUUAUUGAAUAUUUAGUUUUUCUCAUCAAAAGCCUUUGGACUCAUAAAUAUUCUAGUGAUAUUUCAUUCAAAUUUAAACACAUCUGUGGUAAAUAUAACAAACAAUAUCAAGGCCAUGAUCAACAUGAUGCUCAAGAAUUUCUAUUAUGGUUAUUGAAUACAUGUCAUGAAGAAUUGUCAAUAUCUAAUUCAUCAUAUAAAUCAAUUAAAAAUGGUAUAGUGUCAAUGUUGAAAGGUACGCCUAGUCAUCAUCAUUAUAAAAAUGUUUCUCAAGAUAAAAAUGAGGAAAAGGCGGCCAAGGAAUUUUUAGCACGAUGUCAAACAAACGAUUCAAGCAGUAUUAUUUCGGAUUUAUUCCAAGGUCAACUUCGUUCCACAAUUGAAUGUCCAACGUGUGGUCAUCGCUCCAAGACUUUUGAUCCAUAUACAUCGAUAUCUUUGUCUGUUAUAUUUCGGUUCACUAUUUUUAUCAAUGUUACAUUCCUUGAUCAUUCCAUCGUCAAAUAUGGAAUUUCGAUUGAAGCGGCAAUAAUUCUACGCAAUCUUAGAGAUAAAAUUAGCCGUAUGAUUAAGAUUCCUGAACGUCGAUUGCUGUUACUUCAGGAGCCGAGUGCUCAACAUGGAUUGGUCGAAUUUGCCAAUGAUUACAAAAUGUGUCAAGAGAUUUUCAAAGAUUCUGAAACAAUAUAUGCACUGGAAACGCCUGAAUUGUCACACCAGGAUAAAGAUGGUUUGUUAACGAUUGUGUGGUUGAACCGUAUCGAAGAAAAAGGACCGAUUUUUGGCCCGAUAUUUUCAACCUUAGUUUCACGUGUAAUUGGUUUUCGAAAGUUACAAGAAAAUAUUUUGUCAACCAUGUCCAAAUACAUCAUAAAUUUUGAAAAUGUGGAUUUACACAAAUUAUCAAAUUUUAUAACAUUACGAUUACGAGUUGUCAACGGUUCACGAGAAGAAGAAUGUUUAGAAUCGAAUGUUGAUCAUCCCUUGUUUGUAAAAAUGGUCGAAAACGCUUUAUCAAUGACUGAGAAUCAAUACCGAGGACCAUAUCAUUUAAAAUUAAUCGUUGAAUGGGAUUUAGAUUUGCGACAAAACAUCCUUAUUUGUGAUGAACUUUUCGAUGUGAUAGCAGCUCAAUGUAGAAUUUAUGAAGAUGAAUCGGUUAAAAAGGCUCAAGAACAUUCAAAAAUUAAUAAUCGAACAACAUUGCAAGAUUGCCUGGAUCUAUAUUUUCGUGAUGAGAAUUUGACAAGUGAAAAUUCGUGGCAAUGCUCAUCAUGUUCAUCACAAUCGUGUCUUAGAAAAUUGAACGUUUGGAGUCUUCCAGAUAUUUUAAUUUUACAUUUGAAACGAUUCCGUUAUACAAAUAAUAUGAAUCGUCUUAAAGUAAAUACGAUGGUCGAUUAUCCAGAAAAUGGUCUUGAUCUAUUGAAAUAUGUACAGGAAAAAUACAGUGAAAAUUUCAAUGGAGAUAUGAAUGGUUAUAAUCAUUCGCCAUCGUUUUCAUCAUUAAAUAAUGAUAAUAGGAGGUCAUCAUCAUCAACAUCUUCAUCGAAUAAGCUCACCUAUAAAUGUAAGGGUACUGAUAGAUUGGAUGAAACUACUUAUGAUUUGUUCGCCGUUUCCUGUCAUCAAGGUAAUAUGCAAUCAGGACAUUAUAAAGCCUAUUGUAAAAAUUCAAUCAACAAUUGUUGGUAUCUAUUCGAUGAUACAAAAGUAACAGUGGAAAAAUUCGAGGUCAAACAAGAUGCUUAUAUUUUAUUCUAUCAAAAAUCAUCCGUAUCAUCGAGCUAUUCUAUGAUGACGGCAAAAUGUCCACAUUGGGCAUUUCGAAUGCCAAUAUUUGAUUAUAAUUUUCAGAAUGGCUAUCAACAACAUUCUUCCAAUUCGUUGUCAUAUUCAAACAAAUCAUUAACAUUACCGAGCCAAAAAUCACGAAUGAAUAAUCAUAUAAUGGUAACUGUUAAUCAUCAUCAUAAUAGUAAUAAUCUUGUUGAUUCAUCAAAUAAACAUCAUCAAUCCGGACAUUAUCAGUAUUCAAGUGCUCAAUAUCAACAACAAAAAAUGUUUAAUGAAAAUUCAAAGAAAUAUAAAUCAGACAAUAAUUACAAUAUGAAUGGUUAUUACAAUUAUUCCAAUGAUGACGAUAAUCAUCAUCAUCACCAUAAUCAAAUUGGUCAAUUAAAUCAACAUCAUCAUCAUAGCCAUCAGCAAUUGAAUCAACAUCAAGCAUUCAACACUUUUUCAAGAAACAAGUCAAAAUAUGCAUACUAGUCGAAAAAACUUGGGAUUCUCGAGCCCCUCUUCCCUUUGAUUGAUGGCAAUUAAAUUUUUAUUGUUUUUUCGCCUUAUUCUACACGAAUAUUUUAAACGAGGUUCAUUUAUUAUUCAAUGGAAAAGACUAAUUAUGGAACAAUUUGCAACAUACAUUCCUAAUCAACUUUUUAAUCAAU